UCACAUUAUUUUGGUGUGAUUUUUUUUUGACGCCACCGAGUAAAUAAUACGUUGAUUUGCCCGAAAAUAUACGACCCCAUGGAGGCGCCGCCGUCGUAUCCCGAUUUGGCGACCCUGUGCCGGCUGUGCCUCAAGGAGCACCAGGAUGCGUACGCGAUCUUCGAGGCGGACGAUGCCCAGCUCUCGAUUCCCGUGCGCCUGAUGGCCUGCGUCGCUUUGGACGCCAAGGCGACGGACAGUCUGCCCAAGCGGAUCUGCCGGGAGUGCCGCUACCAGCUGGAGAAGUCCUUCCUCUUCCGCCAGCGCUGCCAGUGGGCGGAGAAGAAGCUGCGCAAGCACAUCCGCUUAUUGGGCCUGGGCAAGCGAAGUCGCGUCUUCUCCAAGGAUCCUGACGACUACGACGAGGACGAGCUGGAGUUCGAGGACUCCAUCGGCUUCAUCGAGGCGCAGGACAAGGAGCGCCGGCUGGAGGACGAAAAAUGGCGCGAGGAGUUCAAGGAGGAGCAGGAAGCGGAGUUCAGCAAGCGGCUGGUCAAAUCCCGCCUAGAACUGCGAGCCAAGCUGACCACGGAGCUGCGCAAGGGACUCGCCGAGGAGGUGCGCAACCAGGUGAGGGAGGAGCUGGCCCAAGAGGUGCGCAACCAGGUGAGGGAAGAGCUGCGCCAUGAGGUUAGCGAGGACGUGCGGAAGGAGCAGCAGGCCAUGCUCCUGGGCGAACUGGAGGUGUAUCUCAGCGAGAAGAAGGCCGGUCAGUGGGAGCCCCUGGAUGGCUCUGAAGAGCCGGAACCAAAGGCGCAGGUCAAGGAGGACUCCUCCUCUGCCAGGCACAAGCUGAAAUUACCCCACAAGCGGCGCCUCAGUUCGCCCAGCAAGCCACCGACCAUGAAGGCGGAAAAGGAAGAGGAAUACGUGCUGGGGAGCAACUCAAACAUGGACAUGGAGGCCAUCGAACUGGAGGAGGAAGUGCCCACGGAGGAUGGGGAGGAUGACUUCAGGGACAUUAAAAUGGUCGGAAGCGGGGAUGUGGUGCACACCGAGGAUGGGGACAUCUACAUUAUAAAUGCGCAGGACCAGAAGCCAGAAUCCCCGCCAGAAUUCGACGAAGACAACGAAAUCACGUCCUACAAUAUCAAGGAAAACGGCGAGAUUCAGUUCAGUGGCGAAAAAUCGGAGGGAAACGAGGACGUGGUUGUGUUUAACCUGGGUGAAGAGAUGUCUGAGGAGCAACAGGUCUUUAAUUUCGACGAGAGUGUCAUUAUUGUGGAAAAGGAGCAGCUGAACAGUGACGAACAGACGCCAGUGAAGCGAAAGAGAUCGAGUGAGUUGGUGUUCAAGCAGGCCUCCAGUUGCCCGCAACCGAAAACCGGGCGGGUAACGGACACGGUCAAGUCCUUCCAGUGCCAUUUGUGCCCGGUGGCCUUUGCCACGCAGAAGCUGCUGACGCGCCACCACAAUACGCACAUCAAGGGAUUGAAGAGCGGCAAGGGCGGUACACUGAAGUGUCCCAGCUGCUCGCUGCAGCUGUCCUGCGCCAGCUCCCUCAAGCGCCACAUGAUCAUCCACACGGGCCUGAAACCCUACAAAUGCACCGAGUGUGAGCUGUCCUUCUCCCAGCGCGAAGUGCUCAAGCGUCACAUGGACACGCACACGGGAGCCAAGCGCCAUCAGUGCCCCCAAUGCUCGAGUUGUUUUGCCCAAAAGUCCAACCUGCAACAGCACAUAGGUCGCGUGCACAUGGGCAACUCUCGGACGCACAAGUGUCACCUGUGCCAGCGCAGUUUCAACCACGUUUCGGGGCUCAGUCGCCACCUGGUCACCCACGCUGGCGUCAUGUUCUCCUGCAAGCAGUGCGGCCGGCAGUUCAACGAUCGCAGCGCCGUUCAACGCCAUGUGACGACCAUGCACAAGCCGAAGGACAAAUCGGCGGACUACGUAUCUGAAAACGAGAUCAGCGAAUCCGACUUUCAACCAGUGUCGUUAUAGGAAAGUCCUUAGAGCUGUUUUACAAAGACCAAGUUUUACUCUGAAUAUUUUACAACUUUAUUCGCGAACUUCAAGUGCCCACAACAGUUGGCACCAAAUAUAUUAUCAACAUGAUAGUUUUAAAACAUUUAGAAAACAUGCAGCGUUAAACAGUUUAGCAAACAAAUACAAAUCGGAACAUUUGGAACAGCUCUGUAACAGGAUACCAUAUAGCUAGACGUACAUUUUACAAUAUCAUUUUAAUAAAUACCACAUAAGACGAUGUACAAUUUGAUAGGCAAAUACACGUAUUUUUAAUAAACUCAA